GACAUACUCUGCACAAUUUACACGUGGCGCGAUGACUUGAGCCAUGCGCUGGAGCAGAAGCACCGCGGCCUUGGCCGCGGUGGGCGUGGCCGUGGGCGCCUGGGUGUUGGUCCGGAGCCGGCGGCGGCGGGGCUUGCGCGCUUGGCAGCUGGUGGGGCACAGGUCUGACUUGACCGAGGGGCCAGGUGGCUGGGACGUGCUGCCCUUCUGCCUGGAGCCCGGGCGAGAAGCCUGCGUGCUGCACCGCGCGGGCGCGUGGCUGGGCUUUGCCCGGAGCUGCCCGCACGCGGGCAUCGACUUGCUGGGCGGUGAUAUCGAGGACAUGUCGGAGAUGGGCAUCGACGUGGUGGUCGCUUGUCCGGCGCACACCUACCUCUUCGAUCCCGUCCAGGGCACCUGCUUGUGGGAUGCUUCCCGCGGGUUGCCCGAGACACCUCCGCUGCAAACCUACGAGGUGCGCGAGUCGUGCGGGCGAAUUUGGGUCCAGCACUUACAGUCCGCCCGAGGCCACUGCCAGAGCCCAUUUCCAAAGAAGAGUGGGACCAGGCCAAGGCCAACGCGCUGCAAAUGGCAGCUGUAGAGAAGGUGCUUGCCCGAAAGUUUCCAGAUUGAGCGAGGAUAGUCCCAAGCCAAACCUCAAGGGAUGAUGGUUUUGCCAUCCUUUGCGGUUUAUGGGUACACGAGGGUUGAUGAACCCUCGUUUGCCUUCCGCGCAAAUGCUCGCGGCCAUGGCUUUGGAUGCUGCAGCGGACAAACACCUGUGCGUUGGCUUGCUGGGCCUUGUGCGGCGAACACAUCCCACUCACAUGGAGCAUUUCCACAUGCUUGAUCC